AUGGCACCGAUGAAGCGGCCCGCUGGGGCCUCGAUCGGCGGGGCGGCGAAGAAGACGAAGGGCAUCAAGGUUGCGAUCCUGGCGACCGGUGGCUACCCCGAGGACGUACUCACCAUGCUCGCGGGCAGCCUGGACAGCAUCAUGAGCACGUGCAAGGAGGAGCGCCACAGGCACCAGCAGACAGCUGCCGACAUGGUCUCCGCCGUCCUGAAGGCCGCCCUGGCCUCGGCGGAGGCGGGGGUCGCAGCGGCUCAGGCGCGGCUCGACGAGCUCAAGGCCCAGAAGGGUGACCGCGACACGACAGCCGAGGCGGCGGCAGCCACGCAGACCUCCAAGAAGGAGACCACCAUUGCCGCGAGAGAUGCCGAGAAGAGGGCGGUGGAGGGCCUGAAAGCCGCAAAGAAGGAGCUCGCUGCAGCCAACGAGGCGAGGACGACUGGUGACACGGAGCUCGUGGAGGCCGAGGCUAAGAAGACGAGGCUGGAGGUCUUCUUGGCCGGGCCGUUCGAGGAGAUGAAGGCGGGAUCGUUGGACGAUGCGAGAACCAAGGAGGGUUGUUCCGAGGUGUUGAAGAUCGGCAAGGAGUAUAGUCUGGUGGACUUUGACGACUCGCUGCUCACGUCGCUUCCCAGCGUUAUCCAAAAGGCCCCCGACGCCCGCGGCGGCUUCGACAGCCUAUGCCUGGCGCAGGUGCAGGAGCUGCUCCAGCAGGCCACCUCGGACCUCGCGGCCGCCCUCGCGGCGGGCGAGCUGGCCAAGGCCGAGCGCGCGAGCGCCGUGGCCGCCUCGGAGGGGGCCCUCGCGGCCGCCGAGGCGCAGGAGGCGGCCGGCAGGCGGGCCGUGCUGGAGGCCAAGAGGGAGGAGGCCGAGGCGGGCGAGGCGCUGAGAGCGGCGAAGGCGGCGGCCAAGGCCUUCGACCCCGAGCUGAGGGAGGCGUGCGACGCCCUGGGCGGCGCCCACGCCGCGCUCCGGAGGCUCCAAGACGACGCCGUGGCGCCCUUCACGGCGCUCCUGGAGUGGUCCAACGUGCCCCCGCCAGAGCCGGAGCCGGAGGUGGCCGAGGAGCCGGCCGCUGAGCCGCCCGUGGGCGAGCCCGCGGCGGCGGCGCCGGCCGCGUAG